AUGUUCAGGGUUUCAUCUUAUAGGAAUCAAAGAUCCAAAGGUUUGAAGGUAAAGCAUGCUCUCCAAAUAUGUGUUCUGGCCGCUAUUUGCAUUUGGCUGCUUUGCCAAGUUUGGCACAAUAGUGAGAAGAAAGCCGAGUACGAGAAAUCCACCAAGGAAGUCAUAAAGUUGGGGAGAAAGGACCUUCCUCAAGCAGAGGAAACAGUUAUUAAGGAUGUGCGGGUCAAGGAUGAAGACGAGGAAGGAAGGAAGAUUGGAGAAGAAGAUAACAAGCUUGAGGAAACUGGAAGUGAAGGAAGAGGGAAUGGAGAGGAUUAUGUGUUGGCUGAGCGCGAUGAUGUUAAGGCGGAAGAGGAAACCGAACGUCGGAACACUAAGAUUGAAGAGAAGGGAAGCGAAGACCUGGAGAGUGAAGAGACUAAAGAGAAUGUUAGCAAAGAUAAAGUGUUAGAAGAGAGUAAAGAGGAGAGUGAAAACAAGGCGAGUGAAGUCAAUGCAGAGGAUGGGGAAAAUAAGGCAGUUGAGGGGAAAGAAAACACCAAGGAGAGUCGAGAGAAGGAAAAUAACCAUAUUGGGGAAGAGAGUAAUGCAGCAGAAAGUGGCAUGAAAGAGACUGAGAAGAGUGGAGGUGAGAUAGAAAAUUUAGGUACUUCAGAUGAUCAUCUCCGUGAUGGAGCUGACAGGAACAAUGGAGAAGCAAGAGAAGAACACUACAAGGGGGGUGAUGCUUCAAGCGAAGUAAUCCAUGAUACCCGACAUGUAUCAGUUGACAAUGAGACGGGUGGUUCAGAAAAUUCAAACCAGUCUGAGCAAUUGGAAAACAGAGGUAAAAAUGAACUUGACCAGGAGAAAGGAUCAAAUAACAGUGACGCAACAAAUGUCCAUCUUAAUGAGUCAAACGUGCAGGAAAAUGAAACAAAUGAAAACAAUCAAGAUAGUGGUAAUGAGAGCACCGAGGCUUCAAUGACAGAUGCAAACUCAAAUAUGCAUCAGAAUGGUUCAGAGGCAACAUCAAAUUCAACUCAGAAUGAAAGUGAUCAGCAAUCGGAGAAAUCCAAAUCAGGUGGUGAUGGCGGACAGUUAGAUUUAAAUGCAAUUGCUACUUUGACUGAGCACAUGAAUGGAGCUAACAGAGGUUCUGCAAGUUCUACCAGUAACUCUGAAUCUGUUGAAUCAAAUGGGCAGACUGAGAACUCUGAUGCACGGAGAGGAACGGACAGCAAUUCUUCAUCCUCAGUUACAAGCCAAAAUGAUGGAGUUCAGAUUGACGAAUCCAACAAUUAUUCUGGAGUAGAGGGUACACGAGAAAACCUUGUUUCGUUAAACACAAUUGGUAAUUCAAAUAAUGGCCAGAAUGAAGAAGACCAUUCUUCUGAUUCUUCAAUUGCCAAAGGGAGGACAGCAUCCUUGAACACUAAUGAUAAUGCCGGUUCUGUUCAGAAUGAGAAUGAGAGUGGCAGCGAUACCAACAAUAAUGUAAAUGGGAGAGACAACAGCAGUGACAAUCAGAGCAACACUAAUGUUAUUGCAAAUGCAAAUGAAGAUGUUACUGAAAAGGAUAAUAACAAUUCAAGUUUAAAUGAAAAUGCUGCUCAGAACAACAACAGCAACUGGAAUGCUGGUCAGAAUGAGAAUGAGAGUGGCGGCGAAACCAACAAUGCUGCAAAUGUAAAUGGGAGAGAGAGCAGCAGUGGCAAUCAGAGAAACACUAAUGAUAUUGCAAAUGCAAAUGGAGAUGCUCAGAACAACAACAACAGCAGCAACGAGAAUGCUGUUCAAAAUGAGAGUAAUGCUGCUCAGAGCUAUACUGACAAUGACAACGCAAGUCAGAAUGAGAAUAAUGCUUCCCAGAGCAACAAUGAGAAAGCAAAUCAGAAUGAGAGCAAUGAUACUGUUCUGAGCAACAACAACAAUGAGAAUGCUGGUCAAAAUGAGAAAAAUGCUGCUCAGAGUGUUACCAACAACCAGAAUGCUGAACAGAAUGAGAAUAAUGCUUCCCAGAGCAACAACAACAAUGAUAAUGCAAGUCAGAAUGAGAAUAAUGAUUCCCAGAGCAACAACAACAAUGAUAAUGCAGGUCAGAAUGAGAACAAUGAUUUCGUUCAGAUCAAUACCGGCAACAAUGAUAAUGCAAAUCAGAAUGAGAACAAUGAUGCCGUUCAGAUCAAUACCAGCAACAAUGAGAAUGCAAGUCAGAAUGAAAAUAAAACUUCUGUUCAGAUCAACACUAACAACCAUGAGAACGCGAGUGAGAAUGAGAACAAUGCUGCUCAGGGCAUUACCAAAAACAAAAAAGCCAGUCAGAAUGAGAAUAAUGCUUCCCAGAACUACAACAACAAUAUCAGUGAGAAUGCAAGUCAGAAUGAGAAUAACAAUGCUGUUCAAAUUGGCACCAACAAUGAGAAAGCAGGUAUGAAUGAGAAGAAUGCCUCCCAGAAUUACAACAACGGUGAGAAUGCAAGUCAGAAUGAGAAUAAUAAUGCUGUUCAAAUCAACACCAACAAUGAGAAUGCAGGUAAGAAUGAGAACUAUGCUGGUCAGAGCAUUGCUAACAAAGAAAUUGCAGGUCAGAACGAGAAUAAUGCUUCUCAGAAUUUAAAGAACGACGACAACACCAAUAAUGACAAUGCAAGCCGGAAUGAAAACAAUGAUGGUGUUAAGGGCAACACAAACAACCAGGAAACCAAAAAUCAGGAUGAAACUAAUAUGGCUCAUACCUACAACAAUGAAAAUGCGGGUCAGAAUGAAAACAACAAUGCUUCUCAAAGCAACACUCACAACAAUGGGAAUUCGGCUGAGAAUGACAACAAUAAUGCUUCAAAAAUCUACAAGGACAACAAUGCAAGUGACAAUAUUAGCACUUUGGCAGGUACCAAGACUGGGGGAAAUGAUGGUGAGAAUGUAGCUGCAGAGUGAAAAUGAUGUUCUGUUGUUCACUAUAUGACUAUUAUUGCCAUCAAAGUUUUGUUUUCUUCUUCCUGAGAUGAAAAGACAAUUGUUAGUUCCUC